GGCGGAUUACAGCUGCACGCCGCCCCACCCCUUAACAAACAACAUCAUCACUACCACUGUACCUAAAUCAGGAAGCACCGACACGUUUUUCUUUUUUUCCCUUUUUUGUUUUCUUUCCUUUUUUCGUAACGGAGACACUUUGGUGAUUACAGCAACUGCGAACCAUAAAGGGGGGAGAAGGCGUUAUCUUCGAUGCUGCUGACGACCACCGGUGACCACUACUAAAAGAAGACUGACACUUUGUUUCAUCCAGUACAAGGCACAGCUGUGGAUGCAUUUGACACAGUCUAACCGGAUAAGGGCUCUGUUAGCAGCAUGGGACAGCAUCUAGGAAAGAAGGAGCCCAACACAGACGGCAAGGCUCCGUCACCUGAACCCAAAGAAACGGCAGUAGCAGAACCUGAACAACAAGAUGAAGUCUUUGGCCUGAGUGAGGCAGAUGCGAACCAGAACAAUGGCUGCGUCUCGGAGAAGCCAGCGGUGACUGACUCCACAGACCCCCACCAGCGCUGGAGCCCCGCCAGCACAGCUGACCCUGACGCUGCCACACCACGCCCCCACCUGGUCCGCCUCUUCUCCCGAGAUGCCCCGGGCCGAGAGGACAACACCUUCAAAGACCGACCCUCCGAAUCGGACGAGCUGCAGACCAUCCAGGAGCACAGCGGAGCGGCUUCAGAGUGCGGGUCGGAGAGCCAAGAACAGGACCUAGAUUAGGCUAG